AUGACUCCUAACAACUACAAGAUCGCUAUGGACAUCCUCGCCACCCACUUCGACGACAAAGUGACUAUGAAACAUAUCCUCUACACGAAGUUGUCACAACUACCGAAUUGUGACCAGGAAGGUCGCAAUCUUCAAACUCUGUACAACCAAAUGUUUGCUCUAGUUAGGCAGUUUGCUGAAGACGGAAAUGACUCAAACGAGACCGGUUUAGGAGCAAUUCUGCUUAACAAACAUCCUGCCGGUGGUCGCCACUUGUUUUGA